UCCUCUCAGCCGGUCUGUUUUGAAAGAGUUGGUGCGGCGCUUGUGGCGGAGCUCGUCGAAAUGCGCCUCCCGUGCGACGUGGUGGUGGUGAGUCGCCUGCUGCCCUCAGCGGGGAUACGCGCCCCGGGACGCGCUGCCAGGGCUCUGCUCGCCCUGGGGAAGCCAACCGGAGGAGACGGAGACUCUGCCUUCUGGUCAGCACUGCCCGCCACCGCCCCUGGAGCCAAAUACCAGUUGAAAGAAAACAUAGAUCAGCUUUUUACCAAGUUCGUGGAUGAAGGAAAAGCUACCGUACGGCUAAAAGAACCAGCUGUGGAUAUUUGUCUUAGCAAGGCAAAUGUCAGUGAGCUGAGGACUUUCCUUUAUGCAGUGAAAUUGGCUCAUCGAGGCAUCAAAGAGGAAACUUUACCACUUUCUAAGCUGGUGUCACCAAAGGCCUCUGAAGUUGAAAAACCAAAAACCAAGAUGAGCAUAACAUCAAAAAAGGAUUAUCCUUUAACUCGAAAUUUUCCAUACUCUCUGGAGUAUCUCCAAGCGUCCUAUUGCAAAUUAGCUCGUAUAGAUAUGCGUAUGCUUUGCCUGAGAAGCCUUCGGAAACUGGACUUGAGCCACAAAGUUAAACAGCUGCCAGCAACUAUUGGGGACCUUGUUUGCCUCCAGGAGCUCAACCUACAGGACAAUCACUUGGAGUCAUUCAACGUGGCUCUAUGCAACUCCACUCUCAAAAAAUCACUUCAGUCUCUGGAUCUCAGCCAGAAUAAAAUCACGCUGCCUGCACAGUUUUGCUACUUGCAGAAACUCAUACAAUUGAAGUUAGAUGAUAAUAAUUUGAUUAGAUUGCCAUUCAAGAUUGGUCAACUGUCGCAUCUCCGCUUCUUAUCUGUGGCUCGUAAUAAACUCCCAUUUUUGCCCAGUGAGUUUGCUAAACUCUCACUUGAGAGCCUGGAUUUAUUUGGCAAUCCUUUUGAGCAGCCGAAGCCACUUGUUCCUGAUAACUUAAAAAUACCAUUGACUUUACUAGAAUAUUCUGCAAGGGCAACCAUCAAUUACAGGAUCCCAUAUGAUUGCCACAUUCUUCCUUAUCAGCUUUGUGAUGAUCUUCACAUGUCAAAAACUUGUCAAUGUGGACGGGCUUGUGUGACCUGCUUCAUUCAAACAACAGUGACUAUGAAUCUGCACAGUGUGGCCCACACAGUUGUUCUUGUGGAUAAUAUGGGAGGCACAGAGGCCCCCAUUCUUUGCUAUUUCUGCUCUCUCACAUGCUAUUCUCAGUUUCUCGAUAAACAUUUGCAAAGUGUGAGGUGAUCAGAUUAUAAUCUGAGAAGUUUUAUUCAGCAAAUGCUAACAUUUGCUUUUUAUUAUCUGAAAACUGCACGAAGUGUUUAAACACUUUAAAGUGUUAGAUAUUAUCCCUGAUGCCAGGUGCAAGUUCCUAACUCCUGUUUAAUGCUGUGAAUGGAAUAGCCGGGGCUCACAUCCUCUCAACUGGGAAAAAAUUGCUUUUCUACUCUUGUUUUAGCACUAUUUUUAUAAAAUCAUUGUAAUGUUUUUCAGGGUAAAAAUAGAAAUUUUCAGAGAUGGGGUCAAAAAUGCAGUGUUUUGAAUGCAGAAUUUGCAAUCAUUUUUGAAAAAAAUCUUAAUUUAUAAACUAUUCUUUGAAAAUGAGAAGUGCUGAACUCAUGACAGUAUUUGAUAUUCAUUUUUAAAAAUAAAUGCAUAUUUUGUGCAAUUUGUCUAUCAAAGGAAAGUUUGUCACACCAAUCAUAUGUACAAACAUUUUGAUUCAGAAUUGUAGCAUUUUUAAAGUUGUUUACUGUAAAGAUCAUAUAUUAGUUUGUAUACAAUAAUUUAUUGACUACAAAGUACAAUUUACAGUGUUUUUAUAACAUUGUAGGCAAUAAUUUCCAGGCAUCCGUUGAAAUUUUAAAAUCAGCAUGACAAUAUUUAUUACCAGGUCAGAUGAAAAUUGUGCUUACAAUAAAACAUGAUGCUUUAGCUAUACCAUGAAUCUAGAAAUUUGUUUCCAGCCUCAGAGAAAAAUACAGAAGUCCUCUUGUUACUUUAGGAAGUAAAAUUUAAUUUCAAUGCUUUAAAAUUCUAGAAACCAGAAAUUUGAUUUCUAAUCCCACCUUAGGCAAGAAAAAUAAUCGAUGUACUAAAAACAGCAUGGAUAUAGCUGAUGUAAAAUAUCAUUGUUAUGCUUUGGGGUAAAGAUGAGCUUCCAAGGAAAGAGAUAUGAAUUGUGAGCAAGUUGCCUGCUUUUUCAAGGAAGAGCAGGUAGGAAAUUAGAAAAAGUUCUUCACACAGAUCUUUGGUAAUCCAGAGCACAUCUAUACUGUACAUGCGAUUAACUGAUUAAUCGUCAUUGUCAAUUCUUAGCAUGAUCUGUUCCUAACCUGGUCUUUCAGGUGUUAUCUAUACAUUACCCUAUGGGGAACAAGUUGGGAUAGUUAGGAAAACUGGCUGGAGAGAAUAAAUUGCCCAUUGUAACUUUACGAAAACAAUGAAAGUUUGGGGGUCCUUGGUGGCUCUUUUGCAGCGGGUUCAUUACCCAAUUAGGUAACCAUCUGCAAGAAAACAACCAAGCUCAGAGAGCACGAAGGAACCCCACAGUUCAAUCCUGAGCUGCAAAUAUUCUCUUCCAUGGCUUCAAUUUAAAAAAAAAAGUUAAAAAGCCCAGAAAAUUUGGACAGCGGAAUAUUCGCUUUUUUUUGUUCUCAUACCAAUCAGAUUCAUUCCGGGAACGUCAGCGCGAAGCGACUCCUUUUUUCCAAGAGCGCCUCUAACCGAACAGAAAAAUUGCUCAGCCCAGAUUCCGGCCUCUCCAGCGAACGAACGAAGCGGGUAGUCCGGAUCCGGAAGCCGCGCCUGGAGA